CGUCGAACACUUCAGGAGCCUUCCCACGGAAGAAAUGGUUGACAUCUACAUGGAGCGACAGAGCUGCAGAAGCAACCUCCCCAAAGCUUCGGAUGUUCUAAAGGCUUGGAAACCUCCGCAGUCGCGAAGAAAGCACGGACGCUUUCCGAACUUUGAGGCAAAGGUGGCCUCUCAGGACUGGGACGGGCUAGUCGCCGUCGAAGACCAAGCGAAAGGGGGAUUCGCCUUAAAGACCACUCGAGUCUUUAAAAAGGGAGAGCCCGUCUGCGACUAUCACGGAGUCUUGUUGGAUGGCAAAGGAGAGGAGGUGCAGCGCUCCAUCACCGACGGGAAGUGUUACAUCUACUUCUUUAGGCACCAAGAAAAAAAGAUGUGUGUAAAUGCUACGAAGGCUCCAUGCGACUGCCACCCCGAAAUGUCUUCCACGUUCGGACGGCUAAUCAACCACUCCCGCAAGAGAGCCAACCUGAAGCCGCUGGUAAAAUGCACGCCUGAAGGAAGAGUCCCAGUGAUUCUCUUCGUGGCUAUGAAAGAUCUUUCUCCGUGGACUGAACUAUUUUUUGACUACGGAGUGAGGAGAUGCACUUACGGCGAAGCAGCCCAUUUGGACUGGCUGGACACUUGAUGCGGAAUGGUAUCUCGUUGAAUUGCCUUGCUGUACUUUUGUUAAAAGGGGCUGUCUGUUUUCCUAUAUCGAUAUCCUAUCCUCGCGGUAGAUCAGCGAUAUCAGACUGCCUGGGGCCGGACCCCGAGUUGUUGUUGCGGCGGAGACCAGGUGACAUUGCAGUUCCUCCUGUCUCGCCGCCUUCAAGCGACUGGGACAACGAAGGAGCUGCAAUUACCCCCGCCCGCCUCCGCAAUAUCGGGGGCGAACAGUGAAUAGAGCUCUUUCCAAUCCUUGCCCUUAUCCUGAAGAUAGGCCGUCGAUAUAGGAAAGCAGGGUUCCAUUCGUAGACGUUCUAUGCAUAUUAUGUCAGUUUCGUGAUUGUACCGGUUCUGUUAAAGCGUGAUUAUUUAUAUAUAUAUAUAUAUAUAUUUUUUUUUUUAUAGAAACGUUAAAGAGUAACUAAACCUUUGAAUUAAAUAAGAUGUCCCUAAUGCCCUAAUUUUAUUUAUUCCGAUCUACUAUCUUUACUAAUUUAGUAUUUUUAUUAGAGCUUUCCCUACCUAAAGCGCACCAUCCACCGUGCUCUUCUAAGUCGGUUCUCUGUACACCGUUGACUGCUCAGCGGGGUACGGAGUGAGAAAUUCUUGAAUGGGGCCGCAGCUGCGCUGUGAGUAUGGGCAGGAGCGCAUAUUGCUGAUCCUGCCUAUGCUCCCUUGAUGUUUACCGACUCCUGGCAUAGCACUUCGGUAACCUGUACCAUGCCAGGAUUAGCUGAGCAGAGCGGGCUCCUGCCUGCUCCUCUAAGCUAAGAGAACUGCAUGUCAGCAUUUAGCCUAGAGGAGCAGCCUGAAGUAGGAGCCCACUUCACUCAGUUAGAUGGUAAUGGGUACAGAACUCUCAUGUGCCAUGCCAGGAGUUAGUAAUCCUCCCGGGAGCACGGGCAGGAGCAGAAAUACGUGCUCCCGCCCGUACUCACAGUGAUCCUGUGCCCUCACUCAUGAAUCUCACACUCUGUACUCCGCUGAGCAGAAAGCUGAGUUUCAAGCCACAGGGAAUGUUGCGCUUUAGUGAAGUAAAAGCAUCAUACAAAUAUAAAAU